AUGAAAGCACAGUACGGAGAGCAGAACAAACUCCUAACAGGAGGAGACUCACUCAUGGCCUAUGAGACAGAGGAUCAUGAGAUUCAAUACUGCUUUCCUGCCAUCAACUCAUCAUGUAUCAAGGGAAAACGCUCCAGUCAUGAAUACAAUAUCAUUUAUGUGUUUGUAUCAGUGCUGUCAGCAUGGACUGUGUUUCUGAACCUGCUGGUGAUCAUCUCCAUCUCUCACUUCAAGAAGCUUCACACUCCAACCAACCUGAUCAUUCUCUCUCUGGCUGUGGCUGAUAUGCUUGUUGGACUAAUUGUGAUGCCCAUAGAGGCUACUAGGCUCAUUGAAACAUGUUGGUACUUUGGAGACACUUACUGUGGAUUGUUUGUAAUUACCGUUAGGCUGCUCCUUUGUACAUCUCUUAGUACUUUAGUUUUAAUUGCUAUUGAUCGUUAUGUGGCUGUGUGUCACCCUUUACAGUAUCCCCAGAAAAUUACCACAACUAAAACUGUAAUAAGCAUCUGUGUCUCCUGGUGUUGUUGUUCACUUUACAAUAUAGCCUUUGUAAUUAGUAAUGGAUAUUUUAAUACCUCACACAGACCAGAUGUUUGUUACGGCCAGUGUAUUGUUUUGAUUACUCCUGUUUGGAGAUUCACAGAUUUGACCUUUUCCUUCCUAUUGCCAUGUAUUGUGAUCAUCUCUGUAUAUUUGAAGAUUUUUUAUGUCGCACAACAGCAAGUAAAAGUUUUGAACUCUCUUAAAGGUGGUAAAUGUGUAAUGGAAGUUUCAGUGAGGAGAAAAUCUGAGAGCAAAGCUGCUCUGACUUUAGGAAUCAUUGUGGCCGUUUAUUUGCUCUGUGGGAUUCCGUUCUAUAUAUGUUCUUUAACAGAAUCCACAGCAAUCUCUUCCACUACAAUGACAUUGCUAACCUGGACCUUGUAUGUUAACUCGGGUUUGAAUCCCCUUAUCUAUGCUUUCUUUUAUCGCUGGUUUAAAAUGUCAGUAAAGCACAUUCUUACUCUUAAAAUAUUUCAGCCAGCAUCUUCUUUGACUGACAUUUUUACAGACUGUCAUUCAUAA